ACGUCCACAUUCUGCACAGAGACAAACAGAGGUUGUUGGUGGAACACAGGUCACUGGUGAAUUCAGACGUCCUUCCUUUUUGUUUCUUUCUUGUGUCCAGCUCCGCGGCAGCUGCAGAAGUUUACUCUUCUGAGUGCUCACACGCACCGUCACUGGGACCGUGUUCAUGCGGACAGGACGCACUUUUCUGCCACGUUUUUAAAACAUAAAACACAAGGAAAUCGUUGAAGACGUCGGAGGUGCGCUGAGCUUUUAUUCCCCGGUAGUUUCUGUGCUGCUGUAGACUCAGCGAGUUGUUAAGCUCCUGAAGAGAGGACUUUUGUCAGAGUUUUUUGUGGAGAGAAAAGCAGAAUGCUGCUCCAGCUCUUCACCCUGGCCUCAGCUCUCUGCUGCUUCACCUCCGUCUCUGCAAAUGUUCUAAAAGCUCAGGCCUGGCUGCAGACCUAUGGAUACCUGCCUCUAGGUGACGGCAGAGCUCAGGCCAUCCGCUCACCACAGACCAUUGAAACUGCCAUAGCAGCCAUGCAGAGGUUCUAUGGCUUGACCGUCACCGGCUCCAUUGACACCAACACACUGGAAGCGAUGAGUCGGCCACGCUGUGGAGUCCCAGACAAGUUCGGCCCGGAGCUGAAAACUAACCUGCGACGGAAGAGAUAUGCUGUACAGGGUCUGAAGUGGGACAAGUCUGAGAUUACCUUCAGCAUACAGAACUACACGCCCAAGGUCGGGGAGCAUGCCACGUAUGAAGCCAUCAGGAAAGCCUUUAGAGUGUGGGAGAGCGCCAUCCCGCUAACCUUCAGGGAAAUCCCCUACAGCCAGAUCAGAGGCAAAGUGGACAAGUACGCCGACAUCAUGCUGUCCUUCGCAGAUGGGUUCCAUGGAGACAGCACGCCCUUUGACGGCGAGGGCGGAUUCCUGGCUCAUGCCUAUUUUCCUGGAAAUGGAAUUGGCGGCGAUACGCACUUUGAUCUCGCCGAGCCGUGGACCACUGGAAACGUUGACCAAGGAGGGAAUGAUGUUUUCCUGGUUGCGGUCCAUGAGCUGGGUCAUGCUCUGGGUCUGGAGCACUCCAACCACCCGUCCGCCAUCAUGGCCCCCUUUUACCAAUGGUUUGAAACAGAAAACUUCCAACUCCCAGACGACGACCGCAGAGGGAUUCAGGCCAUUUACGGAACCAAGUCUGGUGCUCCUCCACCGCCUCCUCCUCGGCCCACUAGGCCGUCUGUCCCUGACCAGCCAGAUCAUGGCCCAGACGUCUGUGAGGGACACUUUGACACCAUUGCCAUCUUGCGGGGGGAGAAGUUUGUGUUCAAGGACAACUGGUUCUGGCGUGUUCGUAACAACAAAGUUCUUCCAGGGUACCCUAUGACCAUCAGCCACUUCUGGAAGGGCCUGCCUUCAAACAUCAACGCCGCCUAUGAGAGGGAUGAUGGGAAGUUUGUCUUUUUCAAGGGGGACAGGUACUGGGUUUUCUCUGAGGCCAGCAUGGAUAAGGAUUCCCCGAAGAGCCUGAAGGACCUGGGUACUGGUUUACCCAGAGACAAGCUGGAUGCUGCUCUUUACUACACUCCAACAGGACAGACUUACUUCUUCAGAGGCAACAAGUAUUACCGCUUCAACGAGAAGACCCGCACGGUGGACAGUGGCUAUCCGAAGCCCAUCAGCAUGUGGAACGGAGCACCAGACAACAUCAAGGCUGCCAUCAUGAGUGAAGAUGGAUCUUACACGUACUUCUACAAAGCUAACAAGUACUGGAAGUUCAACAACCAGUACAUGAAGGUGGAGUCUGGUUACCCCAAGUCUGUGCUCAGGGACUGGAUGGGCUGCGACAGCGAGGAGCCCAAGAAGGGCAGAGAAGAGGAAGUGAUCAUCAUCGAAAUGGACGAGUCGCAGGGCGGGGCGGGGCCCGUGGCUGUAGUCAUCCCUGUCCUGCUGUUGGUGCUGGUCGUGAUCACUCUGGGAGUGCUUUUGUUCUUCAGGAAGUACGGCACGCCUCGUCGCCUCCUCUACUGCCAGAGGUCUCUCCUGGAUAAGGUGUAGACGGAGUGUGGACAGGAGACUGACAGACUGCCCGACAGAGGGACUGAGAGACAGGACGAGGGCCAAGCGGAACCAAAUAAGUUAGAGAAAGUGAAGAGGAAGCAGGAAGAAGGGAGGGUGUGUGUGGUUUGUAUGUGCCACCAAAGUAAAAGAGAAAGGCCCUAAAAACUGAGAAUCAGGAAUUUGUGUAUUUGUAUGUUAAGUGUGUACUGGUGUGGUUCUGUGAAGACACGUCUUCUUCAUGGACUUCCCUCUCAGAGAAACACCCCACCUAUGCUCCCUCCACCCUAAAUGGACAACUUAACAGCUUAACAACUGUCUGAUCCCUUAAAGCUACAGUCCGUAAUUUUCUUUCUGGUUUGCCUAAUGUUCCAGCAGUUGGUUUCUUUGUGGUUGGAGCGCCACAGGUAGACAGACGAGCCACUGUCACCCUCCGACUGGAACAUAUUUUUCUUCUAUUCCAAACUUUCUUAAUCAAUGGUUAGUGUUUACAAACUGCACAUUUAAGAAGUUGCAUUCCAGAAAAAAAAAAAACAUUUGGACUCAGGUUUUGAGUUUCACUAGCAGGAACUGUUCUUGACAUU